UCUCCCAGCUUUGGCCUUGAAGCGGCUGCGGCGAGCCCGCCUCCCUGGUCUGAAGAGACAGACCGAUUUAAUCGAGUGCGGUCUCACCGAGGAUCCUUAUCGGGAAGCUUUUCGGAUGGACCCCGAAACUGAGGCAGAACAGACCAGUGAUGUACCAUUAGAUGUCUUCUCAGCUACAGGGCUUGAAGCCCGAGGCUGGAGUAGCGGCGAGCGAGGACGGCUCUCGGUCUUCGUUGCGGGCCGGUAGCCGCCUCUGAGUGGUGAUGGGAGGAGCAGACGAGGCCAAAGGCAGAGGGGCGGAGCCAGGGCUCCUAGGUUACCGAGUGCCUCCUUCUGUCCUCUGGUUAAGCGACUUUGGAAAGAGAAAAGGGGGAGAGACUGCCCAGCCUAUAACUAACUGGUAUGCAGUAGGUGCUCAGUAAGCAGUUGCCAAAAGACUGGAUUAAAUGGGCGACGCUAGGGCUUUUGUUGUCAAGCAAACUUGUUUAAACCUGCCGUUCCUUGUGAAUUAUGAAGUGCACAAUCACGACAUCCAUCUCUUUCCACUUCAGGGCAGCGUAGGCUGGCUCUUUGACUGUAGAGGACCAGCCAGGUCUGCUUUCCAGCGGUCCAGAGUCCGAGAGGGAUGCAUGCUCAGCGCAGCCCACUAGCCGCACUGCUUAGUGACUGGCCCUGGAUUAACUGUAGGGACAGUGAUUUCCCAAAGCUCCAUCGUUAGGCUUUCCUUUCACUGCGCCCCCAGAUACUAAGCCCAAGUCCCUCUCUGGGGAACCCCUGGCGUAAUAUUUUCCUCCAGCAUCGGAGAUGGGUGUGGGGCAUGCGAAAGACUGUAGGGCCGCUGCAUACUACGUGGUUGCGCGCCCUUGUGCAAAUAUUUCAGCCGCUUCAUAACGAAAGCUGCUUCCCAUCCGUUGUCUCAUCAGGGGUUGGGGUACACCAGCAAAAGUAGGAAGGACUGUCCAUUUUAAAGACAGGCAAACCAAGGCUCUAGGGAGGAAGCUCCCUAACCAGGAUCACACGAAGCAAGGAUAAAGGACUCAGAAAUCCUGAUUUUCCCAGAAUUCCUUCUACACUACCUCAUUAUUCAACGUAGCCUAAAGGGAGAAGCCAACCAGCACCCGAAAGACAGAAGAGGGUGAAGGUGGAUGAGGGGAUUGCUUCCCCGGCCCUGCCUGCUUGGAGAAGGGGUAGCCUGGAAGGAUCUCCGCAAGAUACAUGUGGGCGCGCACCACCUCCGGGCGCGCGCGCCUCCCCCCCACCUUUGUUCGCGCCUCUGCGCUUGCGCAUUACGACAAAUCUGGCGCUGUCCCCUUCAGCACCUCGCGGAACUCGCGCCACCCCUCCCCGCGGUCAUAACCUGCCGGUCUUGGCCUUCCAAAGGAGAGUAGUUACCAUAGUAACUCGUGUGGCGUUUUCCUAAAAUAGACCCUUUCCCACCCUGGCCAAGGGCACAAGCUGAACAGGGCCCAGCCUCUCUGCCUCUCUUCGAUUCCAGCUCCUGACGAGCAGCGGCCUGUCUGAAGAGCAUGCAGCCCCCUUACUCCCUGCCUGGCCUCGCCAUCCCUGCCCCCCCAGCCUGACCCCCCGGCUCCAGCAUGGCCCAGGGUGCCAUGCGCUUCUGCUCAGAAGGCGACUGUGCCAUCUCACCACCACGAUGUCCUCGUCGCUGGCUCCCCGAAGGCCCAGUGCCCCAAAGUCCCCCAGCCAGCAUGUAUGGCAGCACAGGAUCCCUUAUACGGCGAGUGGUGGGCCCAGGCCCUCGAGGCCGGGACCUGGGACGUGUGACAGCACCUUGCACCCCUCUGCGAGCCCCUCCCUCACCCCACAUAGCUCCCUCCCUCUGGGGACCCUCUUCACCCACUGGGCAGCCUCCACCAGGGGCACAGAGUUCUGUGGUCAUCUUCCGUUUUGUGGAGAAGGCCAGCGUGAGGCCACUGAAUGGCCUACCCGCUUCUGGAGGCCUGAGUCGGAGCUGGGACCUGGGCGGGAUUUCUGCCCCCAGGCCCACCCCAGCCCUUGGACCUGGCUGCAACCGGAAGUUGCGGCUGGAGGCAUCCACAUCAGACCCACUCCCUGCUGGAGGAGGCUCUGUUUUUCCUGGCAGCAGGAACCCCUCCCAUGGGCCAUUGGUCCCACCCCAGGUUGGGGCAGAUGGCCUUUACUCCUCCCUCCCCAAUGGGCUGGGGGGUACCCCUGAGCACCUGGCCAUGCGCUUCCGAGGACCUGCAGACACCGGAUUCCUGAGCCAGGGGGACACCUGGUCCUCCCCCCGGGAAGUCUCCUCUCAUGCCCAGAGAAUCGCUCGAGCCAAGUGGGAAUUCUUCUAUGGCUCCUUGGACCCCCCCAGCUCAGGUGCUAAGCCCCCAGAGCAGGUCCUCCCAUCACGUGGGGUGGGCUCCAAGCAAGGCUCUGGGGUGGCUGUGGGGCGAGCAGCCAAGUACUCCGAGACGGACCUGGACAAGGUGCCCCUGAGGUGCUACCAAGAGACUGACAUCGAUGAGGUGCUGGCUGAGCGGGAGGAGGCUGACUCUGCCAUCGAGAGUCAGCCCAGCUCUGAGGGCCCCCAUGGCACUGCCCAACCCCUUGCCUCACGACCUAGCCCAUGCCUUGGCCCUUCUUCCAGUCUGGGCAGUGGCAAUGAAGAUGACGAGGCAGGCGGUGAAGAGGAUGUGGAUGAUGAAGUGUUUGAGGCCUCGGAGGGGGCCCGGCCAGGGGACCAUGUGCAUCACUCUGGGCUUCUCAAGUCACCAGUACCCUUCCUACCUGGGACCAGCCCCUCAGCCGAUGGGCCUGACUCCUUCAGUUGUGUGUUUGAAGCUAUCUUGGAGUCACAUCGGGCCAAGGGCACCUCCUAUAGUAGCCUUGCCUCCCUAGAGGCCUUGGCCUCACCGGGCCCAACCCAGAGCCCCUUCUUCACCUUUGAGAUGCCUCCCCAACCCCCAGCUCCCCGACCUGACCCACCUGCCCCUGCCCCACUUGCCCCUCUUGAACCCGAUUCUGGCACCAGCUCUGCUGCUGACGGUCCUUGGACCCAGAAAAGGGAAGUGGAAGAGUCAGAUGCUGGGGCCACACUGGCCCCAAGGAAGGAGCUUCCUAGUCCCUCCCACUCUGAGGAUAGCCUCGGGCUGGGGGCAGCACCCAUGGGCAGUGAACCACCCCUAAGCCAACCGGUGUCCGACUCAGACUCAGAACUGGACAGCACAGAGCGGCUGGCCCUGGGAAGCACAGACACCUUGUCCAAUGGACAGAAAGCAGAUCUGGAGGCAGCACAGCGCCUAGCCAAGAGGCUAUACCGACUUGAUGGCUUCAGGAAGGCGGAUGUGGCCCGGCAUCUGGGCAAGAACAAUGACUUCAGCAAAUUGGUGGCUGGCGAAUAUCUCAAGUUUUUUGUCUUCACGGGCAUGACUCUGGAUCAGGCUCUCAGGGUGUUUCUAAAGGAGCUGGCCUUAAUGGGUGAGACCCAGGAGCGGGAGCGUGUACUGGCCCACUUCUCCCAGCGGUAUUUCCAGUGUAAUCCUGAAGCCCUGUCCUCAGAGGACGGAGCUCACACGCUGACCUGCGCCCUCAUGCUCCUCAACACGGAUCUCCAUGGCCACAACAUUGGGAAGCGCAUGACCUGUGGGGACUUUAUCGGAAACCUGGAGGGCCUCAACGAUGGUGGCGACUUCCCCAGGGAGCUGCUCAAGGCCUUGUACAGCUCCAUCAAGAAUGAAAAAUUGCAAUGGGCCAUAGACGAGGAGGAGCUGCGACGGUCUCUGUCCGAGUUGGCCGACCCUAACCCCAAGGUCAUCAAGAGGGUCAGCGGAGGCAGCGGUAGCAGCUCCAGCCCUUUUCUGGACCUGACUCCUGAGCCUGGGGCAGCUGUCUACAAGCACGGGGCCCUGGUGCGAAAGGUGCACGCAGACCCUGACUGCAGGAAGACACCUCGUGGCAAGCGGGGCUGGAAGAGCUUCCACGGGAUCCUCAAGGGCAUGAUCCUCUACCUGCAGAAGGAGGAGUAUCAGCCUGGGAAGGCUCUUUCUGAGGCAGAGCUGAAGAACGCCAUCAGCAUCCACCACGCCCUGGCCACCCGCGCCAGCGAUUACAGCAAGAGACCACACGUCUUUUACCUGCGCACAGCUGACUGGCGGGUCUUCCUCUUUCAGGCUCCGAGCCUGGAGCAAAUGCAGUCCUGGAUCACUCGCAUCAAUGUGGUGGCUGCCAUGUUCUCUGCACCCCCCUUCCCAGCUGCUGUUAGCUCCCAGAAGAAGUUCAGCCGCCCUCUGCUGCCCAGUGCCGCCACCCGCCUCUCCCAGGAGGAGCAGGUGAGGACCCAUGAGGCCAAGCUGAAGGCCAUGGCAAGCGAGUUGCGAGAGCACCGGGCUGCGCAUCUGGGAAAGAAGGCCCGAGGCAAGGAGGCUGAUGAGCAGCGGCAGAAGGAGGCCUACCUGGAGUUUGAGAAAUCCCGCUAUGGCACCUAUGCAGCGCUGCUUCGAGUCAAGAUGAAGGCAGCCAGCGAGGAGCUGGAUACCAUAGAGGCAGCACUAGCCCAGGCUGGGAGCACGGAGGAUGGAUGUCCUCCACCCCACUCCAGUCCUUCUCUGCAGCCCAAGCCCACCAGCCAGCCCCGGGCUCAGCGUCCUGGCUCAGAAGCCCGGGCUGGGGCAGGCAGUACAAGGCCAAAGCCCUGAGCAGGGCGUAGGAGCAAUGGGGGCAGUGCCUGCUGGGCACCUGCAUGAUGACACGGCCCUGCCUGAGCUCAGCUAGCCUCAGGCCAGCCACGAGGGCCUCCUGGUCCAGGGCCCGACCGCGCCGGACGCGGUGUCCGGGGCAGGGCAGGGCUGAGCCGGGCCUCAGAGCCUAGGCCGAGGGCCUCUCAGAGACCCCCUUUUUGUGAUAAUGUUUUGCACUUUUUCGUACAGGAAGGGUGGGUAGGGUGGGAGGGGCCCAUGCCCCUAAUUUUUGAUGGGGGUUUCCUUUCCUUUUUCUUUCUUUCUCCCUUCCUUUCUUCCUUUCUUUUUUCUUUCUUUUUCCCUUAUUUCUUUCUUUCUUUCUUCCUUUCUUCCUUUCUUUCUUUCUUUCUUUCUUUCUUUCCUUCUUUCUUCUUUUUGUGGGGAGGCCUGAUAAAGUUUCUGCUUUCUGCUGAGACCACCCCACCCUUACACCAGCAAUACCCCUCCAUCCUGGGGCCUGGCCUCAGACAGAGGCCAGGAGUAGGGGCUGAGCUGGUCCCCCUCUCUCUCCCCAAGGGCUCACCUCUCUCUUCGCAGAGAUGGAGGAAGGGCAGCCACACUGAGGCCCCCUCCACAGGCCGGGGUGGCGUGGCCUGCUUCCCUUCUUUGGUGGGCCCUGCUCUUUGUACAGCCCUUACCCUCAUUAAAACUGCUCUGAAUUGCU